AUGGUUCCUAAGACCCUAGUUAUUCUUGCCACGGCCCUGACUGCCACCGCGACCAACGUCCACAACCAGUUUGGCCACAGUGGCUGGAUCCAGGACGAUCAGGGUACCGACGUCGCUCUGAACAACAAAGGCUCUGCCACCGUCGGAGGUGGAUGGGGCUUCUUCUGGGUUUCUGGUUCCGUUUGCAGCAAGAACUCGGUGACCUAUACCUGGCCAUCCAACUAUGGCGACGUCUAUAUCCGUAGCGAUGGCUUCCUUUAUGAUGCUAGUGAUAGGGAGAAGGUAGGGGUCAACGAGGUUGGCAAGAUGUAUGAUUGA